CUCGCAAAUGGUGGAGGCUGUCGCUAUGGCAACAGGCGGGCUAAGCCGUCCUCCUCACUUGGCAUCCAGUUUGGAGACCUCCACAGUACUGCGUCACGCCCCAGACUGGAAUGGAGGACAAGGACAAGAAAGGAAAUGAGGAGUACAUCGGAGAGAUAAAGGGCGGUCUGCGGCCUUCCAUGAAGCUGGUCGUGAUGGGGAUCGUUGACAAGAAACCCAAAAGCAUCGAGGUCGUGGUGUCCAGCGCGCCUCAGCAGAAGGACGCCGCCGAGGAGGAGGAGGAGCAACAGGACCAGGAGGCGGAGUCACAAGGCGACGUGGGUCUCCAGCUAAAGGUCAGCUUCACGGAAAAGGCCGUCCAACGCAACGCCCGCCUGGCGGGGAAGUGGGGUCCCGCCGAAAACACGCUCUCCUUCUUCCCCUUUGCGCCCGGGGAGCCUUUUAAGAUGGAGAUCGUAUGCGAGCACCAGCAGUUCCGCAUCCUGGUGGACGGUCAGCCCCUGUGCGGCUUCACCCACCGCCUCCCGCAGCUCGCCAGCUUGACGGCGUUACGGGUUUUCGGGGACGUGCGACUCACCAAGGUGGCUUAACGCCACCGCGAUGACGGCGGACGUCCGGAGACGGUGUAUAGCGGGUUAAAAAUAGAUGAUAAAAGAUGUGCUUUGUCAAAAACAGUGUCACACUUUGGACGAGACAAAGUGCCUUCGCUAACACGCUAACUGAAUGUAGCUAGCAGUUGUCAGUGUCUUAAAAACAAAACAAAAAAAAAAUAAGAUUGUGACUUGAAGCCAAUUUUGGUCCAAAUUGCAAUAUUUUUUUCCUCUGAGGAUUUUGGAGCUCGCGCGAAAGAAGCGAGACCCGUCCUGUGGCGUUUUUAUUUAGUAGUAGCUAGUGAAUUUCUUUCAAGUCGUAGGGCUUAAUCGUGAUCGCGAAAACUUGCAAUUAGUGCCGAUAAAGUACUUAUUUUAACGUGAAUGUUGAACGUUUUUCGUGAAAAUAGAAAAUGGCUUUUUCCACAUAAAUCAUCAAUACAAAGUGUCGUUAACCCCCCCCUUCCCCCCCAAUUAGCCAUUAGUCCAUUAGCGCAGUGGUUCUCAUAGGGCUAAGGUUCUAUUCCUAAAGACUCGAACUGUACAGUGGUGCCUAAUGACAGAAUGAAACGUAAUAAAAAAUAAACCCUUUUUGUCCCAAUUCCAUGGAGAUUGUUCUGCUCAUUCUCGUGUGUGCACUUUGGCCACCCGGGGGCAGUAUAACGGUCACCUCACGCCAAUUUCACACUUGCCUGCCCGGAUGCGGCAGCCCAUCAUUUCAAAGUGCAGUGCAACCUCGGUUCUCGAACGCAAUCCGUUCCAGAAGGGGUUUUUUUCGAGAACCGAUUUGUUCGAAAACCGAUAUUUCCCACGUCUGCGUACAGAGGCCGCGUUAUACGCAAUAACAACGCGCGUCGGGGGGGGGGGGUCAGCUGGUCGGCCCACGUGCGAUAUGUCAUUUUCGUUCGAAAACAGAAGCAAAAAAAAAUCUCGCAUUUUUCUUUCGAAAACCGAUUUGUUUGAGAACGGAGACGUUUGAGAACCGAGUAUUCACCGUACGAGUACGUGACUUUGAGAACUGUCACAUUGUCUGUCUAUAUGCGUCGUGCUGCUGCACCGUUUGUGGUAAAACACCUGUUGCAGGUUAGAACGCAGUCUUCGUCACACACUAAGAAAGCGGAACUGGAUUGGCUGGCUGUUCGGUUCUGACCUGAAGUGACCCUGCCUGGUGGCACAGACGGUGAAUUUCAGACGGCGAAUUGCAGCAACUAUUGAAAAUAUGAUCACAUUACAUUUCAAAUUCAAAUCCUGGUGGCACUUAUUUACUUCCAUAAGGCUGGUACUGUAAAGCUGCAAUGGUACAGUCCUGUUAAACACUCUGUUAUUGUACUAUUGUGUAUUCUUUUGAACUUAAGCCUUAAAAAGGUCACGCCCAUUUCCUUUCAAUGCUUAUCAACAGUAACAAACGUGAAUUUACUUCCCUUGAAUAAAAUCACCUUGCUUGAUAUUUGCUCU